AGUUCCGCAAGUUUUUUGUAUUGCAGCCAAGCUUGUAACGAGUGAAUUCAAGGACUGCUUUUACCUGAAGAAUAAAAUAAAAUAAUGAAGACUUUGAGAAUUUUACUAAUUUUAAAUUUAUUUAUAAUCAGUUUGACAUUUGGAAAACGUACGGAAAAUCUAAAAAUUGAAAAAGUUACUGGGCCGUAUCUUCUUGCUGAAGGUCCUCAUUGGGACGCAGAAAAAAAUCUUCUUUAUUUUGUCGACAUUAACUCGCAAAAGAUUUUGUGCUAUGAUCCAAAAACUAAAAUAACAACUCACGCUUACUUAAAAUGUGGUCUCGUGAGUGUCGUAGUCCCGGUGGCCGGAAAAGAGAACACAUUUAUUGCAGGAUGUGGAACAGAUUUAGUCCAAGUGCUGUGGAAUCCCAGAACCAAUAAUCGAAACCCUAAAAUAAAAAUAAUCUCUAAAGUUGACGUUGGUAUCAACGACACUAGAUUCAAUGACGGAAAAGUUGAUCCCAAGGGUCGAUUUUGGGGCGGGACGAUGCUUCUUGACAGUAAAGUUGCUGACCCACCAAAUCAAGCUUCUUUGUACAGAUUUGCGUACGAUGGCACUCCGACGACAAUGAUAACACCGGUGAGCGUUAGCAAUGGCCUUGUUUGGAGUCAUACCAAUGAUUCAUUUUACUACAUAGAUAGCCAGGCUUACAAUAUCGUUGUCUAUGAUUACGAUGACACAACUGGAAAUAUCUCUAACAAGAGAGUAUUGUUGGAUCUUAAAAAAACAAAAAUAAAGGGUAUUCCUGAUGGCAUGACAAUUGACAAAGCAGGAAAUCUCUGGGUCGCUAUCAAUACUGGAGGCAAGGUAAUUCAUGUUGAUUCUAAAGACGGCAAAGUUCUGCGAUCUGUAAAAAUGCCAGUGACUGACGUAUCCAGCGUUGCUUUUGGUGGUCCAAAUAAAGACAUUCUGUAUGUGACUACUGCCAGAGAUAAGCUGAGCAAAGCUCAAAUAAAAGUGCAACCCACUGCUGGAUCGGUUUUUGCUAUUCACGGUCUUGGUACCACUGGAUCUCCAAUGCUUGCAUGUAGAAUUAAAUGAAUCUAUUUAUAGUUCACAUCAAUUACAUAUUAAAUCUAUAUAAUAAUGUAUGUUUAUUUAAAAAUUUUCUCAAUAAAAUAAAUUUUAUUAUUAUUA